CCAUCCAAGAUGGCAGCAAAGAACAUAGAAAACUGGCCAGAGAACCAAAACAUUGCAGAUUCUGGGCAAAAUACGGACGACUGGACAUCGCCAGAUUCUUAUAUUAGCGACGAGGAGCUUCUUAGAGCUGAGAGAGGUGCGCUACAUGUUCAAAGUAGCAACCAUCAGGACGGAAGUGUGAGAAACGCUUCGGGAACUGCAGACAGUUCCGCAGCAGCAAGAACAAGCCCGCCAAAAUCAAACCAGUCUAGUCAACCCACCUGCACUUGCCAUUCGUCAGCGACGUGCCCGCCCCUCGAAAGACAGAACCACGGCUCUCAGGUAUCAACGGGAGCUAACGGGGCCCAGAAAACUGGAGAUGAAGGUUCCAAACGUGCCCGUUCGCCAGCGCCGCCAUUCUCUGAAUCACUAACAGAUGAAGACUUACUUGAAGCGGCUCUGACGCCGCCAUCGCAAGGUAGUUGUUCAACGUCCACAACCACCGACAAGUCUCAAGACGCAACCAAGAAAUCAGAUCCUUCCUCUGAAGAAAGUCAAGCAUCUUUAACCGACAGUGACCUUCUCCAGGUUGCAAAUGGUCUUCAACAUGAACCAAGUUCAGAAUCAUCAAGCACAAAGGAUGACGAAAGUAAUCCAACAAAGAAGAGACGAACGACACCACUUCAUCUGUAUAGGUGGGGCUACUUGUGCGUCACAGAUAUUUGCUCACAAAGCUGGUGUGAACAACAGAUGGUUUAUGGCUAUGCACCCCCUGGAGAUGUCGAAGUGGUAGAGUCUGCCCAGAUGAAGAAGGGAGCCACUAUGCACAGGGAAAGGGAGUUGGAAGUGCAUGAUAUAGUCCCUAUUAAAGUAUCAAGUGCAGAAGACUCUUGGGCUGUGAAGCUCUUAAACAUGAUCGCACAAGUGACAAUGUUGCAGAGAGGUCAGAAAUGUGUACGGGAAAUCCAUGUGUUUGGGGAACCGUUUGACAUGGGCGUUUUCAUCGUCGGUGUCAUUGAUGAGCUGCGGUACUCGGAUCAGGGACAGUUUGAACUCCUAGACUUCAAAACUCGUGGAACCAAGUCAGUACCUUCCAAAUCACAGCAAAGGAAAGAGAGCCUACAGGUGUGUCUGUACAAGAGGCUCUUCGAUGACAUGGUUCUCGGUAAACUGAAGAAGGAAAGCAUCCUGAAACACCUGAGGAGAAACCCUGACAAACCGCUGGGAGAGGAGAUUGUUGAAUAUGGGAAGAACGUGGGGAUUGCCUGCACCACUUUUGGAGAGCUGUUGGACAUGGCACUGCUGUUAAUGGCACACUCAGAUGUGCCCUGUAUUGAUGGCUUGAAGAUUGAAUAUCGCUGCCAGGAUGAUGAAGAUUCGUUCAUGACAAAACCAGUGGAGUAUGAUGACAAGAUGCUAAGGAGAGAGCUAGGCCACUACUUUGAUUUUUGGAAAGGUGAUCGCGAGGUGGAAGGAGUACAGAUAGAAGAGGCUUGGAAGUGUGGGAAGUGUCCAUAUGCUGAUCUCUGUGACUGGAGAAAGAAGAAGGAAGCAGAGAUAAAAUCCAAACUUCUCCACAAAUAAGGAUAGAUGCACUGAUUGCAAUAUACGUACAAAUUAUUCUUCUGUAGUCAACUUGUAAGUAUAUCACAGGAAGAAUCAUUGAAGGAAAA